AUGCGGGCUGUAUUGAAAAAGCCUUCCAAGAAGAACACGUUCACUUCCGUCCCCUACGUUCGUCAUGGCAACGUCUCCGAAAAGUUUCGAGCACACAAUCAACGGUGGGGUCGUUCCAUUCACUCCUUCAUGACCAUGUCCUACCUUGACUUGGUCAAGACACUCCAGAAAGACAAGAUACUACCGGACUGGCAGGGUUGGACUUGUCCUCGAUGUGGGGAGGGAACAAUCGGCAAGCUAAAGUUCGUGAAGUCUCGUGAGUCCUGGAUGUAUCAGUGUAGUGGGAAGCGGUGCAAGAAGUACUUGCAAGUGGACGACUUUCACCCCAUCUUCUUUCGCGGGAACGGCAACUCGGUCACCCCCUUGAAGGCUCAGGCCGCCAUCCUUUACGCAGCCGUCGCCGGUGUUCCCAUUAACUCCGCACACCUUAUCAUGGACGUCGAUCACAAGCCCGUGGAAAAGUCCAUUACCUAUGGUCGCCCCAAUGACUCCACCUGGGUAGAUGUUGAGGCUGACGAGGUCGAUUUGGGGAAGGGUUUGGAGGAUGCCACUGAUGGCCAAGGUAAAGUCGUCAGAUGGGAACAAUGGUGUGGUUUGGUAGAAAGGGGCAGGCCAGCAUCGCUACGCUUGUUUCGCUUGAACCCCCCUGUCACUAAGCCACGAGCGCCAGGACCAGGGCCAAUCCGAAAGUAUGACUGGCGUGCGAUUGGGACCCCCCUUCUCAGUGAUCGUCAUGUGGUUUUGCACACAGAUGGAGCCAGGGCAUACAAGCUGAAGCUUCCUGGAGUUUGCCAUUGUAAUGUCGUGCACAAGAAAAAAAGAACGAUUGUCAACAAGAAGGUCGUUUGGGUCAAGCCGCACUACACCAAAGUGUACAAUCUCAAGCUGCCCAACAAAAAGACUCUCAAGGUCAAGUCCGGAACGCAGAUCAUCGAUCGGUUCUGGGGGCAUGUUCGCACACACAUCAAGCACACGAGUCGAGCACCUGGCAAUCUGAUUCUCCGACGCAAAAUCAGGGCCGCCCAGUUUACAUACUGGUUCCGAACCAAGAACGCCUGGACCAGCGCGGGAGUGAUGUUGGAGGCAUUGUUUAACUACUGA